GAUCCGACCACCGGCUUCCCCUUCCCAGUAUCCUCAGUGCCUACACUACUUAGGUAAGGUUGUGUGGCACCAAAUCUACCUAUUUGAUCCGCCUGCCAUUGCCAUUGCCAUUGCCACUACCUAUUGCUUUCGUUGCCACCGAUUGUGUGGUUUUUAUGUUAUCCUGCGCCGCAGCUUUGAUCUUGCGGCCACGUUCUCUCCUUCACCUGUCCUCUCGUAUCCGGCCUUGUGCUCCAAGACCCGAGUUACGUCGUCGCAGCCACAACCAACUGCUCAUCAUGAGUCCCUUGACCCCGCGCCAAGACGAGGCGGGCUUGCCUCCUUCGCUGCAGCGAGAGCCAUACUCAAAACCCGUCGAGCGGGUGACUGAUCAACUAGAGAUUCCUUCGCUAGAUGACAGGCAAUACCGUGUCAUUCGGCUACCCAAUGACCUCGAGGCGCUUUUGGUCCACGAUCCUGAAACCGACAAGGCUAGCGCUGCUUUGGAUGUCAAUGUUGGGAACUUUAGCGAUGAGGAUACUAUGCCAGGCAUGGCCCAUGCCGUUGAACAUCUUCUAUUCAUGGGCACCAAGAAAUUUCCCGAAGAGAACGCUUAUAACGUCUAUCUUUCCUCACACUCAGGCAGCUCAAAUGCAUACACCGGCGCUACUUCAACAAACUAUUACUUCGAUAUUGCAGCUAAGCCGAGCAAUGGUGAAGAACCUUCUCAAACAAAUCUAUCUCCCCUACAUGGCGGCCUGGAUCGAUUUGCGCAAUUCUUCAUCGAGCCCCUCUUCCUUCCUUCGACGCUGGAUCGCGAGCUCCGAGCAGUCGACUCCGAAAACAAGAAAAACUUACAGAGCGACCAAUGGCGCCUACACCAGCUGGAGAAAUCGCAGUCUAACCCCAAGCAUCCUUAUUGUCAUUUUUCAACUGGCAACCUAGAAGUUCUCAAGACAAAUCCUGAAGCUCAGAAUAUUGACGUGAGACGGAAAUUCAUCGACUUUUAUGAAAAGCAUUACUCUGCCAAUAGAAUGAAGCUUUGUGUAUUGGGAAGGGAACCACUAGAUGUGCUAGAGACUUGGGUGGCCGACCUAUUUUCGAGCGUGCCAAACAAAAAUCUGCCUCAAAACCGCUGGGAGGAUGAGGUACCUUUCAAUAAGGACAAUCUUGCAAUGCAAUGUUUCGCAAAGCCGGUCAUGGACUCUAGGGAGCUAAACCUCUUCUUUCCAUUCCUUGACGAGGAGAAGCAUUUCGAAAGUCAGCCAAAUCGAUAUAUCAGUCAUUUAAUCGGCCACGAAGGACCAGGCAGUAUCAUGGCAUAUAUCAAAUCGAAGGGUUGGGCGAAUUCAUUAAGUGCUGGUGCGUAUACCGUCUGUCCGGGUACACCAGGGAUCUUCGAUUGUCAAGUCCGCUUAACUAAAGAGGGACUCAUAAACUAUAAGGAGGUUGCAAAAGUAUUUUUCCAAUACGUCUCAUUACUACGUCAGACACCUCCCCAGGAGUGGAUUUUCAAUGAGCAAAAAGAAAUGUGCGAUGUUGAGUUUAAGUUUAAGCAGAAGACGCCCGCCAGUCGCUUCACGAGUAAGAUAUCGUCAGUGAUGCAAAAGCCUCUGCCGAGAGAAUGGCUUCUUAGUGGCCAAAGUCGAUUAAGAAAGUUUGACCCCACCUUGAUCGAGAAAGGAAUCAGUCUUUUACGCCCCGACAACAUGCGGAUGACCAUUGUAUCUCGGGACUUCCCAGGGGAUUGGGACCAAAAGGAAAAGUGGUAUGGUACUGAAUACAGGUCAGAAAGUAUACCCCAAGAGUUUCUAGCCGAACUGUCGAAGGCGUUAGAGACGCCUCCUGGGGAACAGCUGUCUGCUUUGCAUUUGCCGCACAAGAAUCAGUUCAUUCCAACCAAACUUGAAGUUGAGAAAAAGGAGGUUGAGAAGCCCGCAACAGCACCUCGCGUGAUCCGAAAUGAUCACAUCGCGAGAACCUGGUGGAAGAAAGAUGACACUUUCUGGGUUCCAAAAGCAAGCCUUAUCGUCAGCAUGAAGAACCCAAUCGUCUUCGCGUCAGCUAAGAACUCCGUAAAGACAAAGCUCUUCACAGACUUGGUCCGCGACGCACUCGAAGAAUACUCAUACGACGCAGAACUGGCAGGGCUGGAAUACAACGUCACACUUGACUCUCGAGGUUUGUUUGUGGAAGUCUCGGGCUACAACGAUAAAUUAGCAGUUCUGCUUGAACAAGUACUCAUCACGAUGCGUGACCUUGUUGUCAAGGAUGACCGGUUUGAGAUUAUCAAGGAACGUCUAUCGCGGGGCUACAAGAAUUGCGAGCUGCAACAACCCUUCACCCAGAUUGGCGAUUACGUGUCAUGGUUGACCUCUGAACAUGACUACGUUGUGGAGCAGCUCUCAGUCGAAUUACCUGCCAUCACCGCAGAGGAUGUCCAGUCAUUCCACAAACAGGUCAUGUCGCAGCUGCACAUUGAAGCUCACGUCCAUGGCAACCUGUAUAGGGAGGACUCGCUGAAGCUGACGGAUAUGAUAGAAUCUAUCCUGAAACCCCGUGUCUUGCCCAAAGAAGAAUGGCCCAUUAUGCGCUCCCUCGCAUUUCCCCCCGGAUCUAACUAUCUAUACAAGAAGACCCUAAAAGACCCAGCAAACGUGAACCACUGCCUCGAGUAUUACCUCCACAUCGGUGACAAAGGGGAUCGUUCAAUACGAGCCAAAACACAGUUAUUGGAUCAGAUUCUGCAUGAGCCAGCAUUUGACCAACUGAGAACCAAGGAACAGCUGGGAUACAUAGUGUUUAGCGGUCUUAGAGGGUCGGCAACUACAUAUGGAUUCCGCUUUAUCAUUCAAAGUGAAAGGACAUCAGAGUAUUUGGAGGCUCGCAUCGACUUGUUCCUUCAGUCCCAGGCUAAGGCCAUAAAGGAAAUGACUGACACCAGUUUCGAAGGCCACAAGCGGAGCGUUGUUAACAAGCGUCUGGAAAAGUUGAAGAACUUGGACCAAGAGACUGGGCGACAUUGGGCACAGAUAUCUAAUGAGUACUAUGAUUUCGAUGCCGGUGAGUACCGCUUAUGACUCCUCAUGACAAAUAAGUACAAUCCUAGACUAACGAAAUUACCAGCCCGGGAGGAUGCUGCCCAGGUAGAGAAGCUCACCAAGAGUGAAAUGAUUGAGUUCUAUCAGACUUCCAUAGAUCCCACAUCACCAACACGGGCCAAGCUAGUAGUUCAGUUGAUUGCUCAGGGUGUUAGCUCCAAGAAG